AUGAAUGAGGCUAACGUCCUACCAAAGAGUCUCUCCUGCUCCCAGCAGGUAUCGCUCGGUAUUGGAGAUCUCUUCUCGGUAAAGAACAGGGUCGUCGUCGUCACGGGAGGUGGCUCGGGUCUCGGCAAGCUCAUAGCCCAGGGCUUUGCACUCAACGGCUCACGCGUCUAUAUCGUCGGCCGACGUCUUGAAGUUCUUCAAAAUGCUGCCAGCGAGAUUGGUGGCGAUGUUCAUGUGCUUCAAGGAGACGUGGCGACCAAGGCGGGUUGCGAGAAAGUAGCCGAGCAGAUCAAGGCUCGCGAAUCCCGCGUCGAAACUCUCGUCAAUUGCGCGGGGUUGAUGACCCUUUGGAAACUCUAUGCCAAAGACCGGAACGAUGCUGAUGAGGUGGAGAAAAUGUUACUCGGAGGUAUCGAUGAUGAAGAUUUUGAUCAAUCCAACCGCGUCCAUGUUAGCGGAGUCUACUUCAUGACGACAUGUCUGAUUCCGUUGCUGCGCAAAGCCGCCGAUCCAAACGUCUUGGUCAUCUCGUCUCUCGCUGCCUUGACAAACCAGGGGUUUGUGACAUCAGUAGCUUAUGGUCUCUCAAAAGCUACCGAAAGCAAGCUUGCCUUGCUGCUUUCGUCAAUCCUUCGUCCGAUGAAGAUCCGAGUGAACACAGUUUGCCCCGGCAUAUUUCCUUCAGAGAUGACGAGGGUGCAAGUAGACGCGACCCAAGCACCACCCGUCGCCGCCGUCACAGACACGGUUGGCUGGGGACUGCAUCCUGUAGCUCAGGAGACGACGGGACGAUCAACCGCCGGUCGCCCAGGCCGCCCUGAGGAGAUUGUGGGGCCGGUUUUAAUGCUCUCAAGUGCGGCGGGUGCCUACAUGAACGGCGCCAUGCUCGUUAUCGACGGCGGCCUUCUUGUGAAUGCCUUGAGCUAG